AUGGAAGUAUUUGCACAAAUAAUUAUGCCAAUGAGUAAAUGGUAUAUUAUAUUUUGUAAUCAAGAUAAUCGUAAUAAAUAUUCAUUAAAUGAAUUUACUUUACAUGCACCAGGCAAAAUUGAAAUAGAUUCUAAACAACAAAAAUCAUUAACAAUACCUAAUACAUGGACAGCACAACAUAUAACAAGUGCUUAUGAACAUCUUUCAACAUGCGGUUAUCAAUAUGGAUCUAGUUUUCAAAAAAAAAAAAUAAAAACAUUACAUGGUACUUCAACUACAAUUAUAUCUCAAUUAUCAAAUGAUACUAAUAAUUGUUCAUCUUAUUAUUUACUGCAUCCAUAUCUAGUUCUAUUACCAGGUGUUGAAACAACAUUUCUUCCAGUACGUAUUCCAAAAUCUAUUUAUUCAAGUAAAACAAAAGCAAAAACGAAUCGAUCAACAAACGUUGAAGUACGUGGAAAGUAUCAUGAUAAUAUAUGUGUUAUAGACCAAGAAGAAAUAUAUAGUCUUGAUCUAUGGAUAUUUCCAAUGGAGAAUAAAAUCGAAGAACCAAUAUUUACAUUUGAAGGCGCUGUUAUUCAAUAA